GUUGCCAACCUUUUGCUUCUCACCGCCACACCAUCGUACUUUACGUCCAACAUACCAAGCUACAGAUUCUGUUUCAGCAGAGCCUCAAGAUCAUCAUCGUGUUGUUUCCGCCAUCUGUAUCCAGCGGCUUGUCAGUCUUUGGGCUCGCCAUCUGCCUCUUGUCCAGAGUGGUGAGGGCGACAAGAUCGACGACGUGUAUUAUUUUUCCUGCUCUCGACAGCAGUCAUCAUCAUUUUGUCAGAAAAACAGGUGCAUCCUAUUCACUCGGCAUUUGUCUCAUCCUCCCUUGAGUCUUUAAAUGACUUAAGAAAGGCCUUCCUUCCGUUAGUCUACUCUCGACCUCAAAUGCCAGAAGCAGUCACUCGUUUUCGCAAUGGCAUCCCUCAAGCUAUUAAUCAUAAACGCCCUCAAAUCGCUCUCGCGAGGCAGAUCCUUCUUGCAAGCUUUACUUGCCCUUUGGAUCAGCCCCAAGUCCAACCCCAACAAACUCAAAAAGAUCAAAGUAUUUCGAAGGACCAGGAAGGAGUUUCUUAAAGAGGCCAAGAAGCUCCUUCUCGGACCGAUCGGCAGCAAUCACUUUAUAACAAACAGCGGCCCAAUCCCAAACGACCCUCUUUUGUUACUCUCCAAGAAGCUCAAGGCACAAUUCGAUCAAGGUUUACAGACCAACCCAGCAUGUAUGCUUCCCUCUUACAACCACCAACUGCCUGGCGGACAUGAAAGUGGCCAGUAUCUGGCGGUCGACAUUGGUGGCUCGACACUUCGCGUGGGUGUGGUGGACCUGAAGGGCAGACAGACCACAGAUGAUGACGACAGCAACAUUGUCCAUAUGGACAGCUACAAAAUAGACAGGAACGUCCGACUGCUUCGGGGGGCCUUUUUCUUCAAAUGGAUGGCUCGGAAAAUAGAGACAAGCUUGAAGAAAGCAAUUGACGGUGGGCACAUUUCGAAAGCGGAAUAUGACUUGGGAGAUCCAAUGCCAAUGGGAUUGGCCUGGAGCUUCCCUCUAGAACAAACAUCACCCAACGGAGGAAACAUCUGCCCCAUGGGCAAGAGUUUUCUUGCAUGCGACGGACUGAUGGGACAGGACUUGGGUGCCACCUGUAACAAGAUCCUCCAAGAACUCCGAGUAAACGUCGAGGUUGUCUCGAUAGUCAACGAUUCCAACGCCACUUUGCUUUCGUCGGCAUACUCUAGCCCAUCGGCGCGCUUCGGACUGAUUCUUGGAACUGGCGUCAACAUUGCUGCCCACCUCCCGGUAAAUCUGAUUGGAAAAUCCAAGUUCGGGGAACGACCCGACAGCUGGUAUGAGCAAGCGAGCCAUGUCAUGGUCAACACCGAGUUGGGCAUGUUUGGCCGUGACAUUUUGCCCCUGACGCGAUGGGACAAAAUACUCAAAGCCGGUCACGAAAGGCCCGACUUCCAGCCGCUUGAGCAUCUAGUCAGUGGGUACUACCUCGGUGAGGUGUUCCGGAUUGCCUUGUUGGAGGCGAUCAAGACGACGGGUCUGUUGGGAGGAAAAAUUCCACCACUGUUGUUGGAUGCGUAUUCUAUGGAUACUGGGACCAUGUCAUUAAUCAUUAAUGGACGAGAUGGCAGAGGAAAAGCCGACGCGGUCUUUUCACAGCUCUACCACCUACCAGCCGGUUAUCCCAGCACCGAGGACAUGCGGUUCAUGCAGCAACUGGCGGGUUAUAUCGCCCAGCGAUCGGCUUCCAUCGUCGCCGCCUCGGUGUUUGCGUUGUGGGAACUAAAGAACGAGGCUGAACAAAACUUGCUGGACGAACUUGAGCCUGAGUCACCAUUCAGCGAGGAGACAGCAGUUGAGUUAACGAUGGAGCGGACCACGGUAGGGUAUACCGGAUCGGUUUUGACAUGUUUUCCCGGUUACAAGGAGACAUUGCAAAGGUAUUUGGACCAGCUGAUGAUGUCUUCGGGGCACAGCUUGAAGGAGCGGAGGAUAGACUUGGUUGAGGCAAAGGAGAGUUCACUGCUUGGGGCGGCCGUGUCGUUGGCGGGUGUUGUGGAGGAGGAGAGGAUGGGGUUGAAUGAGAAGAAGGCCAUGGCGUACUAAGAUUUGCGUGGCAUUAUGGAUAACAAUAAUAAUAAUAAUGAUCUUAUUCACGCUGAAUACCUAAAUAGCUAGCUAGUUGCCUAUUGUGGGCAUGUGGUCCUUCAUCAGUCAAAUCCAGGAGGAAAACCCGUGUUUCCCGGAUGGAAAAGUUUCCGCUUCCGCUCCGCCGCACGCCCGAAGCUAACGCGGUUAUGGAUAUUUAUUUUUCGUUGA